AUGGAACACAAUAAGAAAUUAGGAGUUACCCAUGCUAUACGAGAAAAACUAAAUUUCCAUGAUGAAAGGUUAUGGAAGCGGUUUAGUGCCAGAAGGUUAGAAUUAAUCGAUACACUAGAUUUGAGUUCUCGUAAGGCAAGUGAACAAGAACUGGAAAUUAGAAGGGUUUCAGAAAUGCUACGAUUAGAAUUUGAUUAUCCUGCUUCUUAUACUUCAGAUUUCAACAAAUUAGUUCGAGCAGCAAUACAAAGUGUUCGAAGAAAUAGAAAACGGUCAUCCAAAAAACACACCAGUCCUGAAGAACCAUCUUUGAAAAGGAAUAAACUAGAUGAUAGUGAUCUGAAUGGUAAUGUGAAUGGGAGUAAUAGCAAUUCGUUUUUGUCGGAAAUUGUCCGUAAUGAAGAUGACGUUUAUGAUGUGAACUACAACAGAGAGAAAAGAUUCACUAGUGACGAUCAAGCAAAAGACACUAUUGACAAUAUGACUAAACCUCGAUUACCACCAUUGACUAAUCUCAGCAUGAAUGAGACAAUAAAUAUUCCUCUGGCUGCUGCUGCUAAGAAGAAUAUUCUUAAUAAAAUUGAAAAAUCAAGAUCUUGCAAUGAAAGUGUUAAUUCCAAACUGGAAAAUUUACAAUUUUUAGGCAAAUCAGUAAUGUCUACUUGUAUUGGGUACAUUUUCGAAAAAUCUUUUCUGCAUGUAAAUCCACAAUCAAUGUUGUAUUUACGAAAUAAAUUGAGUAGUGAACUAUCAUUGAGUAAAUUUUUCCGACAGCUAGAUCCAGUGAAUACAAAUGGUAUAAAUGAUGAGACAGCAGUGAUAUCUUUAUACAUAUUAUUAGGUGCUAUGGUGAAAGAUUUUGGGUUUGAAGAAGUUAUUUUCCCCAUCUGUGAGAUUUUGUAUGCAUCAGUGUUGCAAGAAUAUCCACUAAUGGCGAAAAAUUCAAUCCCAUUUAGAAAUGAAGAUCAGCAUUUAGGCAGUAAUAAUAUUGCCUACCCAUCAGAGAAUGAUGUUUACUCACUUAAUAAACUUGCAGAAGUGGCAUCUCAUUUGCAAAACACUGGUAGUGAUACGUCAAUGUCAACUAUGGAACCGUCAAGAAGUGUGACUCCAACACUGUCGUUGACCGGAUCAUACAAGAAACGAGUGUAUUUGAAAUUUUUCAACCAAAAACUUGAGUUUUUAUACCCAGUUAGAAUUGCUGCCACGCCAAGAUAUAAUGAACUUUUGGAGAAUGCAAAGUCUGCAUUCAAGCUACCAGAUACUACAAUUGUUUUUAAACACCAUGGCAAGAUUGUUCAAAGUGAUUUAGAAUUGGAAAGAGUUUUCAAGAGUGACGAAGAUGAGAUUGAGUUAGAGAUAUCCACUCAUAAUCCUAUGCCAAUUUACGAAAUGCACAAGAGAUUAUCACAACAAGAUUAUCAACAACCUACUGAAUCACAACGAAUUAUAUUGCCGCCUCCUAUAGCUUCGAAUACAGCAAUGAGCAAUGGUUCAAGUUUGAAUUCAAGAUUAGGUCUGUUUAAUUUCUUGAGUAAUUCAGAUGAUGUUCCGGGUCCAAAACCACUACAUCCUCAGCAAUCAAUUCUACCCAAAUUCCAACCAUUAUUAUAA